GAAAAACCGAAUCUCGCACGUUGUGCCCUUCCGCCAGACAAAGUAUUCCCCUUUGGAGCGGAAGAGCCGCGCGGCUGAAUGUGUCCUAUUAGAUACCGUCACGGUACAGGUGUGUAUUUACCAACGUCAUUGUUUAGUUUCGGGGGUUCAACUUUGCGGAAAGGUGUGUAUACAAGAUGCCUCCUAAACGCACAAGAAACACUGGAAAUCCACAGAGUCAGGAGCGGCUCAACAAGGAGCUACGAGGCAAAAAACUUGCUCUUUUCAUUCAACAAUUUGAGAAAGACGCACAAGAGCGUCUGAAUGAACUUGACAGAAAACUACAGAACAUGUUGGCAACCAUCGAUAAAGUCUUUGAAAUAGAGCUGCUGAAAAUGCCACCCUCUUUGCAAAAUACGCUCAUGGGGGACUUAAUAGAACAAGAACUCUCAGGCGACAAGGCGAUAUCCAUCGACAUCCUGCAUGAAAGUCCUGAUGUGCACCAGCCACUCAGGAAGGCGUCCAGCAAAAGAGGACAAUUAACUGAUCCCGGUUUGUCCAGUUUGUCUCGGAAGAACUCGGGAAAGACAUCCACGCGGCGCAAAGGAUCCAAAAGAGCAAAGCUGUUGCCUGGCAGCAGCAGCACAGGAAAUCUUGGAACUCCAGGCAGCGUGAUCAAGCCCAGCGAUGAGGUCAUGGCAGCUAGACGUAAACUUAGGUCUGUUGUAUCCAUGGGAGAUUUGGAUUGUUCAGUGGCUGGAUCUGCUGCACACAUCACUGUAACCACAGCACUUGGACAGGCUGUCUGCUUUUCUGAGGAGAACAAGGACAAAAUCAACUUUGACUUGCUAGAUGACGUGGCGUGGUGCCAGGUGGAGAAGCUCUCUAGACUGAUGGAGUAUGUGUCUGGGAGAAGCCGCUGCCACACUGCACCACGAUGAAGUAGUAGCCUCUGAUUUACCCUGUUUGUGUAAAUACCCGAUGAACAUUUUAAUAAUAAAGUUAAUUUGUUUGAGGUAUUUUUGCAGUAGGUCCUUUUUAGAGCAGCAGUUUUACUAAGUGAUGUGCAGUGAUGUUCAUGACUGCUUUGGGGUCACAUUUAUACAUAUGCCCCUUCUCUGCAAUUUAUUUUCUGAUUAGCAAGGAUGAUGUGACACACUUCUGAUAAAGUAAUUUUACGUGCUGUAGAAAGUCAUGGUGUGUAAUCUUUCUGAAAAUAGUUUAUGAGGGAUUGCACAGUCAAGGGUGAGGGUUGCCUCUGCUGCACUGUUGUUUUCUGCCUCAUAUUGGAAUCAUUUAUAAUUGUAUAACUUACAACACAGGUGAAUUGACCAUUUUUGUCUGUUCAUUUAAACCUUCUCUGACCACAUGGUUUUAGUCAUAUAUAGGAUGUUUGAGCAUUUUUGCAGUCAGAAUUGGAAAAAUUGUACAGUGCAUUUGAUGCUUUUGAUAUUAAAU